AUGAAUAAACCUGAUCUGUUUUUUGAACCUGAUCUUUUUAUUGAACUCACUCAUAUUUUUGAUUCUGACCUUUUCACUUCUGACUUUGCUUGUAAAUUAGAAAUCACAUCAUCAUCUAAUAGUAUUUCGCUUAAUGAUAAACCAGCAGUCUCUGAUUUGACUUUUUCAAGUACACAU